AUGUUUCUCGGGAUUUGCAUCUGUUUGUGCGCCGCAUUCUGCUUGGGAUCCGUGUUCGUGCCUCUCAAAAAGUUCCCGCCGAGCGAUGGUCGGUCUCAAGUUCAAAGAAACUUAUGAGUUCCAGAGUGCUCCCUAUAGGGGCCGAAAAGAAGUCCGUUUAGGGGUUUUGGGUCUGACCUCUUUCUCGCUUAGAGUUCAUAAAAAUUAUCAAGUAGCAUGUCCCCUAUAGGGACCACUUUUUCAAGCUUUAGUCGCCCGUAUAGGGAUUGGUCAGUUUUCUAAUUCAAAACUACUUUGAAAUUCCUAGGGGGUCCCUAUAGGGGUUAGGGGCCGAAAAUUCGGGUUAAAUACCUGUAGGGGUACAAUCAAGGUGGUCCCUUUAGGGGUUUAGAGUCUGAUUCCUUAGCCCCUGAAGCUUAAGUGGUCUCUAUAGGGAUAAAAUAAAGGUGGUCCCUACAGGGGCCUUUCAACUUCUUUUUAAAAAACGCUCCUUUUUUUAAAUUUACGGAAAUAAUUCUACGCAUAGAGAUACUAACUAAAACCCCUAUAGGGACCAUUUUUGCAAGCUUUAGUGGCACCUAUAGGGGUUGGUAAAGUGAUCUCUAAGGUUGCCCCUAUAGGGACCACUUUGAAGUUCCCAUAGAUUUUAAUCAACUUCGGCAAAAUAUCUUGGUAUGAUGCUUGUUCCAACCCCCUCCUUGGAAAAAUAAAACUACGUAUGAAAGUUGAAAUAAGAAUCAACUACUCAGGAGGGCAUCCAGGUUUUUUUUUUCGAUAAUGCUGACCUAGGCUUCACGACGCAGUUGUUCAUGGCGAUCGGAGCAUUCGCGGUGGCGUGUGUGACCAGCGUCCUCAUCAACUUUCCUCCCGUCUACCCGGUCGCCCUGCUUGGCGGCGUCGUCUGGAGCUCUGGUGCAGUUUGAAGCCUUUUUCGGACUCUGGUUUUUUUCAGGAAAUGCGCUCGCCGUGCCGAUUCUGAGUCGCCUUGGUAUGGCUCUAGGGAUCCUCAUUUGGAACUCGGUGGCCUGUGUCGUGGGCUGGGCUACAGCUAGGUUCGACUCACCACAUCCAUGGACUUGUUGAUGACCAUUUUUGAGAUUCGGCCUGUUCGGGGUACCUCAGAUGCUACCUGAUAGCCACAUCCUUAACUACAUGGGCAUCGUAGUUCUCGUCGUAGGGUAGGUGCUGUUGGCGGCCUUCUGAAGGACUUGUUCUUUCAGGAGCGUCUUCUACUUGUUUGUCAAAAGUAACGUCGUCGAGGACGAGACCGGCGAGUCCAACGUCGACGCCAAGGACGCCGAGGAGCCGGCCGUCCCAGCCACCGAACGUUUGAUGUCAGAUGGGAACUCUUCCGAGGUGCUAACCAUCAACUUGCAGUGCCAUCGGUGGAGCGAUGCUCAGCGGCUUCUUCUACGGCUCCAUGUGCACGCCGAUAACCAUGCUUCAAGUAUGAUCAAAAAAAUCUCCCGGAAGUCAGAAAUGCUCAACACUUCAGACGAGAAAAGACCUGUACCCCGGGAUGCCAAGCCAAGGACUUCCCUACCACUUCUCCUUCUUCACCGGCGUCAUGUUCACUUCUGGUCUGAUAUUCGCCGGCUACUGCGUAUUCAAGUGUCGCCUUUAUUAAGUGGCUGAUCAUCAACAGUUUUUUUCAGACGCAACCAGCCCUACAUGUCGUGGAAUCUGGCACUGCCGGCCAUGUGCAGCGGCGCCAUUUUCUCUUCGGCCAUGGGUUUUCUUUUUGUGGCCAACGGGUUGCUGUCCCAGACGAUCGCCUUCCCAAUAUGCAUGAUGGCGCCAGGGAUCGUCGCCGCCGCUUGGAGCGUUCUCUACUUCCGCGAAAUCUCGGUUAGGAGCCAUAGAGUGGUCCCUAUAAGGGCAGUCUUUGGGUCCUUGAAGGGUCCCCUCAACCCCUAUAGGGGCCACUAAAGCUUGCAAAAGUGGUUCCUAUAGGGGUCAUCUUAGUGGAUAAUUGCUAUGAACUCUAAGCGAAAAAUCAUUUCCAUGAGAAAAAUUGAAUAAGUAGGCGUUUUUUGAAGGAAGCUGAAAGACCCCUAUAGGGUCCACUUAGGGGUCAAUGCCCCUAUAGGAACCACUUCAAUCUUACCACUAUAAAGACCACUUUUUCAGCCCCCAUAGGGUUUUUUGUUUCCCCUAACCCCUAUAGGGACCACUCUGGAAUUCCUAAGUUGAACGAAGGUGCCGCAUUUUAUGAAAAGUACGGUAACAGUAUGGACUCCUUCAAGACAUUGGAAAUCCCAACUUUCAAAUUGACCUUCAGACUCGCUUUUCGUCUCAUUUUCUACGUUCUGGGAGUUUCAGGGCCGUCGCAACCUGAUUUUUCUCGGCGUCGCCUCCACGUUCACCUUCGUCGGCGUCACCAUGGUCACCGUAUCCAAAGACACAUCACAUUGA